AUGGCUUCCGUAUACAAGACCCUGUCUGGCGCGGAGAAAGACGAGAAGGAGAUGGGCGAGAAGAGAAACAAGCAGCGAGUCCUCAUUCUGAGUUCAAGAGGUGUUACCUUCCGACACCGACAUUUGCUACAAGACUUGUACUCGUUGAUGCCCCACAGCCGGAAAGAGGCCAAACUCGACACCAAGACUAAGCUCUACCAACUCAAUGAACUGGCAGAACUCUACAAUUGCAACAACAUCCUCUUUUUCGAAGCCCGUAAGGGUAAGGAUCUCUACUGCUGGAUGUCCAAGCCACCAAACGGCCCUACUGUAAAGAUGCAUCUGCAAAACUUGCACACCAUGGAAGAGCUCAACUUCAUCGGCAACUGUCUCAAGGGAUCGCGGCCAGUUCUUUCUUUCGACGCUGCGUUCGACAAGCAGGCCCAUUUGCGCGUGAUCAAGGAGCUCUUCACCCAGAUUUUCGGCGUUCCCAAGACGAGCCGAAAAGUCAAGCCUUUUGUAGACCACGUGAUGGGCUUCACAGUCGCAGAUGGCAAGAUCUGGAUUCGCGUAUUUCAAAUCAACGAAAGUGAGCCUGGAAAGAAGAAGCCUGUCGAUGGCGAGGAGAUGGAUGUCGACGAGGCGCCCAAGAAGAAGAAGGGCGGUGAAUUCGACGUCAGCCUUGUCGAGAUCGGUCCCCGUUUCGUACUUACCCCCAUCAUCAUCCAGGAGUCCAGCUUCGGAGGUCCUAUCAUCUACGAAAACAAGGAGUUCGUCUCGCCCAACCAGAUCCGUUCCGACUUGAGGAAAUCAAAGGCCGGCAGAUUCAACAGGAGGACCGAUGCGCAGAGGGAUACGCUACUCAAGCACCAAGAUCUGGGACUUACGUCUCACGGUGGACGCAAGAAGGAGAAGGAUCCGCUCAGCGACAACGUACUAUUCGCGUAA